CAGAGGUCGGCAGGUAGGAGGGCACUAGGAGAGGAUCACUGUACUGGGGAAUCCUUUUGAAAUUCCAGUCAGGUUGAGCUUUGGUGUCAUGUCCAGGUUUGCUCUUCCUCCCCGUGAUGCUCUAUGGUGCACAAGUGUUCAGCCCUGUCCGGAGUCACUCCUGGGCACCUUUUGCUGUGUGCAGAAGAGACUCUGCAUCAGCAGAUUCGUACUUUGCCUCUGUCCCUGUGCUAAUGUACACAAUGGGUAUGUGCGUUUAGGAUGUUGCGGUUUAAGCCCACAGGCAGCUCAACACCACACGGCUGUUCCCUUGCUCUCCUUCCUGCAUGGGAUGGGGGACAGAGUUGGGGACAAAAGGGUAAACCUCGUGGAUUGAGAUAAAGACAGUUUAAUAGGACAGAAUCAUCUCUGCUAGUAAAAACAGACUGUAGCUGGUCCCCUCUGACUAUGCUCUGACCCCUUUCUCCAAAAACAUUGCUUAACCCUAAUGCUUUCAGCUCUCUCCCUGUUGCAGAAAGGCAGGGGCUGGGGGGCUAAGCCACCCUACAGCGAGUUUCACCCGCUGCAGGGCUCCUAUUAAAGCUCGUGAGCUUUUCUCUGGGAUUGUUUCAACAGAUGGAUAAGAAAGAGUCCCAGACAAAGCCGCCAGAGUUGGUCACUGCAGUUCGUGAUAUAAAAUUUGUGUCUCUCUGUGCUUCAGGCGCCUCGUGAGUUGGAGCUGUGGGAGGGCAUCUUGGCUCCCGCUCAAGGAGCAGCUCCUGCUCGUGUCCUGCUGGAGAGGGGCCAGAGGAGCCCCAGGAAUGACCCGAGGCUGGAACAGCUCUGCUGGGGACAGGCUGAGAGAGUUGGGGUGUUCAGCUGGAGAAGAGAAGCUCCGGGGAGACCUUAGUGUGGCCUUUCAGUGCUUAAAAGGGGCUGAGAAGAAAGAUGGGGACAGACUUUUGAGCAGGGCCUGCUGUUUUUCUCCCCAUCCCAAGCAGCAGCUUUGCCAGGUUCCACUUUCAUACUCUGCUACAGGCAAUGGUGCGAUUUACAGGAAAAUCUCUGGGCUGCCUCGAUAAACAGGAAACCACAGCCCACCCUGUGGAGCAGGGACUAUAAAAGAGAGAGUUUGGGGAGUGCUGGGAUCAGCCUGGGAGCUGCCGAGCACCCGAGGGAGACGGCACCUCGUGAGUUGGAGCUGUGCGAGGGCAUCUUGGCUCCCGCUCAAGGAGCAGCUCCUGCUCGUGUCCUGCUGGAGAGGGGCCAGAGGAGCCCCAGGAAUGACCCGAGGCUGGAACAGCUCUGCUGGGGACAGCCAUGGCUUCACAGGAGGACACACAAAAGCAUGAAGAAAAGGCACGUCUUGCUAAAAAACUGCUGGCAGAAGCAUGUGAGAAGGAAGGACUGGAUGCUGGAUACUGGCUGCCCAAACUGUCGGAGCUACUGGGAGUGAACUCCAGAGAAGCCCUGAAACAUCUGCAAUAUGAAGACUACCUGAAGCUGGAGUGCGCAGUACGGCAACCAUGGGAAACAAAGGCGCUCCAAAAACUCCUGGAACUAACAGACAAGAAAGCAGCCUCUGAGAAGAUGGCAAAGGAGAGACAAGAAGCAGUCAAGCUGCUCCUGAAGGAGCUGAAGGAAAUGCACAACAGCUGCAGCCACAGCAAGGACGCUGUAAGACAGAAAGAGGAGGCUCUGUGGAAAGCCAUGGGGAUUCCCAAAGAGUCCUGGGCCCUACCAGAGAACUCAAUGAUGGAGGUGCUGGGGAACAUCCAUAAGCAGCUGGAGCAGCAGGAGUCGUCAGUGGGCAGGGCUGAGAACGUCUCGGACGCGGAGGUCCUGAUGCGGGCGUCGGGGGGACUGGCCCUGCAGGGCAUUUACAAAACCAGCAGAACUGCAGACGUGCUGGCAAAGCGAGAGCAGCUCAUCAGGGUUCCCAGUGGGUUCAAGCUGGCAGGUCCGGAGCAAGGGUCGCUGUUCGAUAGGAAGGAGUUCUCCUCCUCUGCAGCAGAAGCCACUUUCACCAAGUCCAUGGAGCAGCUGGGGUUCAGCAUCAGCGUUUCUGCCAAAGCCGGAUUCUGGGGGUUUAAUGUUGAAACGGGUACAGAUUACAGUAAGUCCUUGCAGUCAGAGGACACCCGUCGGUCCUGCUCUGAGCAGAGCUACAUUUGCACCACCAAGUACCUGUACAUCCCUCUGGCCUCCUGCUACUUCCAAAAGCAUCAGCUUCACCUCUCAGAUGCGGCCCUGCGGGAGCUGCAAGACAUCGAGCAUCUUUUGAGCAUCACGGAGGAAGCAGACAGGCCUGACAUGCUGAAGAGCAGGUGUGGGAGCUUCUUUGAGAGGUUUGGGUCCCACAUAAACCAGGGUCCCCUCCACUUUGGGGGGAUAUUCUGGUGGAAAGCAUCUACAGAAGGUUUCAGAGCUGAGCAUCGGAAAGAGAUGAAGCAACAGGUAUCUGAAGCGCUGGACUCCUACGUUGUGGCCAGUUAUGGCAUCUUCAGUGGCAGUGUUGACGUUUCGAAAUCCAGUUCACAGGCUAUUUUUCAAGGAAGAGAUGGAAGAAAGAACCACACGGCUGUUCAGCUCUAUGUGACCAACACAGGGGGCCCAUCAGAGACGGAUUCUCUUCCUCAGUGGAAAGCGGGACUUGAAAGUAACAACAGAACCUGGUCUGUUAUCGACCGAGGCUUUCAGCUCAUCCCAGUGUGGGAUAUAAUCCUGUCCAAUCACAGCAGUGAUUUUAAGUCCAGCUAUCAAGUGAGCAGCAGCCUCAGGGCCGCGUACGAAGCGCUAACGAGCCUCCGUGUCGACACCAUGUUUGGGGAGGAAGUGGCCAGUGCGGUGGAAGAGGCCAGAGCUUUCAUGGAGCGCGUGAAGGCCUGGGAGGUGCCGGGGGAUGAAAGCAAACUGCUCACGCUGGUAGAUUUCAAACAGAGUCUGAAUGAGAAAACCAAAAGCCACAGUGUCUGGAUCAACGUGUGCCUGUCGGACAAAACGCUGCAGGAGUUCCUGCUGAAUACUGUUCGGUUUUACCAGAAGUCACCUCCAGAAAACACCAUCUACAUCAAGUCCCUGUUGAGGUGCCUCCUGGAUCCUCACAGCUAUUCUGUCGAGGACUUCCCCAACUCUUCCCUCAUUAUGCAAUGGAUCUUCCAUACUGAGCACCCGCUUCCUGAAACUGCCCGUGUGUCUGAGCCUGAAGAUCUCACCAAGACACUGCUGCAAAUGAAGGACUACAUCCAGGAAGUCACCUACGCGCCAGAAACCUCUGCAUCUGCCAUUCAUGAAGCAAAGAUAAAAGCCACCGUGACUGCAAGCCUGGCUGUUCAUUCCUUACUGCAGUUUCUCCAGGACAGGGCACAGAAAGACAUGGAACUGUUGGUGCACGUCAUUACAACCAGCACAGGAUACCAGGUGGAAAGGGGCACUUUUCAGCGCCUCCUUGGACAUCCAGAACUGAACUUCAUGAUAAAUGAAAUGGAAAAGGGACAGAAAGAGUAUCUGAGUCUGAAGGAGCGAGAUGUGUACAGAGCUCAGGCCUUCCUGCUGCUGACGGGCCUGACUGUAACACCCAACUACAAAGGGGUGUCCCCUGAGGAGAAGACUGAGCGUCUAGUGUUCAUGGAAGAUCACAUGAAAGCCCUAUGGAGCACAGAGAUAAAAACUCUCCUUGAAAAGCACAGUUCAUUGACAGACUGGGAGGUGCUGGAACGGGACUCGUGUUCCGUCAUCGAUGGGAGCGUGGAAGACACGUGUGACGAUCUCAAGAAACACAAUAUAACCAAAGACAUGGAAGACACUUUUCAAAGAGUAGAACCUUCCAGUCAGUCCAAAUCCAAAUCAGACAGCAGCAAAUCCAAAGCAAAUCAAUCCAUUGCAAACCAAGAGUUCCUCCACUUACUUAAGCGCUUGGGACUAGAAAGUUGGUAUCCAAGAAAAAUGGGGACAGAAGAUUUCCACAUCAUAUACAAGACAUCUUUACAUGACAGCCAGCCCAGCAAGGACAGUGAACUACCCUUUUACUUCUUACAAAAGCUAUUAACCGUGGAUUAUCGGGUGAGGUACCUGACUUGCAAGGACGAGAGCGACCCAGGACUCACAUCUGUGCCAGAACCCACAGAGCAAGAGCACGAACCCUCGGAUUCCUUUGACGACUUUUUCAUGGAUUUGGAGAGAGAAGUCCCUGAAUGUGCCAGCAGGGAGAGUCACGUGCACCCCAUGGACCUCCAGAUGGCAAUUUUCCAUUGCGCUGAUGAUUUCAUGAGACAGUCCAUUGCAACAAAGCUUGCCUUCUGCCAGUUUGCACUGCCCCUCCUGGUCCCACACCCCUGCACUUCACACAUAGAGUUCCCCCUCUGGUCCCUCAGCCAAAUCAAAAGGAGCUGGAAAGAAGUCAAGAAGUCAGGAAAACAGGUCCAAAGUAACAGUUACAAUAACAAACUCAUGUAUCAGGCCGAGACCCCCAUCGUGUCCUUCCUGCGGAUUGGCAGUUCUCCCUCCUCUUCCAAGUCUCAGAUUCUGAAUGCUCUGCUGAGCAAACAAAGACAUGACACUUUUUUCCACCGCCAUUGCAAAGGCAGCACCAGAGAGUGUUUGCUGAUGAAGGGUGUUGUGGAGAUCUCCUGGUACUGUCCCCGGGGCAGUGACGAUGACAGCUUUGACUGCUGUGUUGCUUUCUGUAACCUGCAUGGAGACGCAAGGGAUCACGAACAACAGCUGCAGUUUUUACAGGAGAUAUCCGCUGUGACCGUGGCUCUCGUAUCCGAGACUGAUCAGAGUGACAAGAAAGGGAUGAAAAUUUUACGUGAGCUGUGGCAGUCGCAAAGGCCUUUGGUUUGUCUUUUCACCGAAAAGGAGAGCGUUGCAGCUGGCCGAUCCAGCCAAAACAUAAGAAUUGGUAUCAAGAACAGAAACGAGGCAGAAUUAAUGGGCGAGCUGACAAAAACAAUCAGGGGUCUCCUGGCAGGGUCUAAGACGCUUUUCAGCCUCGACGCCUGCCUGGACAAAGCUCGCAAGCUCGGGUUCUUAGUCGAUGAAGAUACAGAGGCGUGUGUGAGAGCCAAAGAAGAGGCAACGGCGCUGGUGAAGCUUCUGAAGAAAGAACCGUUGUCUGAGAUCAAGUCCCGGCUACUGCCUCUUCAAGGAAAACUGUGGUACCAGUGGUGCAAAAGUGACAAAGAGCUCACUCGCUUGCAGGAAAAGCGGAACAAGAGCAUAGAGCAUCAUCGGAGUGAAAUCCAAUCAAAGAAGCUGUCGAUAAGAAGAGAGCAACUAGAGCAAGCAUUCCCCCUCAAUCCUCUGAUGAAAUCAGUCCUUGUCUUUCUCCACUCACAGCCAGCAGAUACCAAGAAAUACUUCCUGCAGUGGAUGAAGGUCUUUAUGGAUGACCUCUCCUCUGAUAGCCUUGGUGACCUGAAGAGACAAUACCACCAGUUAUGGUCUCGAGUCCUGGCGAUAAAGAAGAGCAAUGAAAAAAAUGAUCUGAAACAACAGUUGCAGAGAGAUUUAGAGGCCCUCUCCAAUAAAAUGGACGAUUCAUCAAUUGGCCUUGAGCAUAUUUUGAGAGAGGUCGGGCAGAUUUAUGAAGCUCUGGAAUCAACGAACUCAAAGGAAGAAUAUGUUGUCAAACUACCUGAAAUUGCAGCUGAUCUGAUGGUUUCCGGGUAUCCCAUUGAGCUGAUGGAUGGUGAUGCUUCUUACGUACCAUUACAAUGGGUCGGAGCAAUCUUUGACAGAUUAAUUGAGAAGCUGGGGGACAAACGAGUAUUUGUUCUGUCAGUGCUUGGCAUCCAGAGCACAGGGAAGUCAACCCUGUUGAAUGCCAUGUUUGGUCUUCAGUUCAACGUCAGUGCAGGGAGAUGCACCCGGGGAGCGUUUAUGCGGCUAAUUAAAGUGGACAAGAAGGCGCAACAGGAUCUGGGCUUUGAUUACAUGCUGGUUGUUGACACAGAGGGACUCCGCGCCAUAGAGGUGGCCAAUAAACAGUCUCUCCACCACGACAACGAGCUGGCCACCUUUGUCAUUGGCAUCGGCAACAUGACUCUCAUCAAUAUCUUUGGAGAAAAUCCUUCCGAAAUGCAAGAUGUCCUUCAGAUUGCUGUGCAGGCUUUUCUGAGGAUGAAGCAAGUAAAACUUUCUCCAGGCUGCGUGUUUGUGCACCAAAAUGUGGGAGAAACGACUGCCAGGGAGCAGAACAUGGAAGGACAAAGACGUCUGCAGGAAAAGCUGGAUGAGAUGACCCAGACAGCUGCCCAGCAGGAAUUCUGUGAUGUCUCCUCCUUCAGCGAUGUCAUCCGCUUUGACGUGAACACCCACAUCCAUUACUUUGCUCACCUGUGGGAAGGAAACCCCCCAAUGGCACCACCCAAUCCCACCUACAGCCAGAACGUCCAGGAAUUAAAGAGCAAACUCCUCCGAGCAGCCAAGAAGGAGGCACACGGCAGCAUUUUGAGGCUCUCGGGCUUGAAAGUUCGAAUCAGUGACCUCUGGAAUGCUUUGCUGAAUGAAAACUUUGUUUUCAGCUUCAAGAAUUCAGUGGAGAUUGCUGCCUACAGGAAACUGGAAACCGCAUUCGGUCAGUGGUCCUGGCAGCUGAGGAGCCACUUCUUAGACCUGCAAAUGAAACUGGACAAUAGAAUUCGGAACGGGGACUUGCAGGAGGUCAGCAGAGAACACCUUGAAAAUCAAGUGCGAGAGACGAGUGAGGCCAUUAGUGAAGACAUGGAAAAGUUUUUCAGGGAAGACAGAGACUGUGAGAUACUGGUCCAGUGGAAAGGCAACACGGAACUGAAGCUGAAAGACCUGAAAGAAUCUCUUCUUCUUGAGACUAGAAAGAAAUGUGAGAACCUUAUAGAACUAAAGAAGAACCAGUGUAAACUGGAGGAAAGGAGGUCAGAAUAUGAAAAGGUGCUCCUGGCAAGGAGCAGGGCUUUGGCUCUGCGUCUGAAAGGCCAGAGCCUGAGCGAGAGGGAGCUGAGAGACAACUUCAUGUCUCUAUGGGCAGAGUGGAUUGCUGAAGUCUCCUCUGCUGCUCCCCCUCCAGAACAGGUUGAUAUCGAUGUGCAAAUAGAAAAUGUCCUUCUAGAUCGCUUUAAGGAGCUCAAAUUACAUGAACGAAUCAGGACAUUUCCCAGAUAUCGAGAGUUUUCUGUUGACUUGGAGAAACAUGUCGCUAAGAAAAAGAAAUGGCUAGGACUCAGGACUGUGAGUUUGGAUAAUGCUGAUGAGGACAGCAUACACCGCAUUACAGACAACAUCAUAGCCAAUGUGUGGGCAAACAUUGAUAAGAAGGAAAAGGAGAAAAGGGAUUACAGUCCAAGCUUUAUUCAUGAAAUUCUAAAUGAAGUAGAGAAGGGUAUGAAUUCUGUCCCUGACAAUGCAAAAUACACUUUUAAUAAAGAUUACAGAAUAGAUUUAUCACUGUAUCUGUGCCAAAAGGCAGCUGGAAGGUUUAAAGCCAUGCAUGAAGCGUUCCAAAGAGCAAAUGAUCCAGUCGUCUACCUGGAGAGCAAGAAACAAGAUUUCUUCACAUGUUUCCAGAUUUCCUGCCAAGGAGCCACUUCUGUCACAACAUUUGCGCUUUUCCUGUGUGAGAAGAUCAGCCCAGCUCUUCGCCAGGCGGUCUAUGAGAGGACAGCCCUGGCCAUAGCUCGAGACAUGAAGGGCAAAAUCCCAGACUUCAAUGGCAAUAGAUCGUCUCUGGAGGUCUGCAUACUGAGAUACCUGGCAGAAGAAGAAAAGUUUGAGAAUUUCAAGGAGUACCUUUAUUUCCCAAGAGACUUUUUCCAGAGUUACAUCAAGACACGUGUUGAGACCUACUGCUUAGACAAGAACAGGAGGCUGGAGAGGUUCUUAGAUGACUCCCUUACUCACUGCUAUGAGAGAAUCCAGUCGGCUGUUUCUGCAUCAACCAACGUUGUCAAAGACAGAAAAGACAGAAAAGACCAAAUCUCUCUCUGGCUGGAUGAAUUUUGCAGGGCACUUGGAGAGGUGCUGAGCUUGCCCAGAAGGGACCUGAAGGGCAUUGAGCAUCAGGAGGUAACAGACAUGGAGUUCCUGAACAAUGCCAUGGCACAAGCACUGGCUCCUCUGAAAGAUCAGCUCAGGGAGGAGUUUGCUGGAGCUAAUAUGAGCUGGUUUGAAAGGCCGCCCCACACGAUCCUGGCUGAGCAGUUUUCAGGGUGCUGGGAGCAGUGUCCCUUCUGUGGGGCGGUUUGCACAAACACCAUGCCGAAUCACGAUGGAGACCAUCGCGUUGUCUACCAUCGUACACAAGGUUUGACGGGAUGGCACCGGGUUAAUACAGACAAUCUAGUUAUUGAUAUUUGUUCUAGUAGUGUUGCAAGUGACCGUGAAUUCAGGACUGGUGAAGGCACAUGGACCCCCUACAAGAGAUACCGGGAUGCAGGACCUCCUUAUUCCUCUUGGAGCAUUCCUCCUGAUCCAUCCAUGCUGGCGUACUGGAAAUGGUUUGUGUGUCGUUUCAGGACAAAGAUAGAAGAACGACACAAUAUGAAAUUUCAUGACACAGGAGAAAUCCCUGAGUCGUGGCACAGAAUUACAAAGCAGGAAGCACUUGAGGAACUGAAGAAGCUUUAGGUCAAGUUGACAUGAAGAACCGCAACUGCUUUGCAUUUUAGAUGACCAUAGUACAAGUCUGUCCACAAAAUAUUGUUAUAAUGACUAUGAUCUCAAGCCACAUGAAGAAAACUAUAUCUAGCUGCUCACAAAGAUGGGUGAAACGAGGUGUGCUACUCCUGCCAUUGCUCAGAAGUUCCCUUGCUUCAAAAUAAGUUCAGAAUCCUCUUUCCUUCUUGCCAUGAGCAUUUACCUCCGCUGUGCCUUAGAGCAAAAAAGAAAAACCUUCCUGCAGCGAGCGGUCCUACGGCCAAGAUUAAGACCAAGAGCCAGGUGAAGAGCAAAGGCAGCAUUAGAAAGUACCGGUUUUAUCAGCUGCUGCAAGACAAUAAGUGACACGGCAAGGCAAUAGUUUUCCUGCAGUGAGCACUUGUCACACUUAAAGAAAGGGCUGUGGGACAGAAUCACUGAGCCGAGCCGUUCCCACGCAGGUGCCUGGACCUGGGGAGCUUUCCUCCAGCUCUCGGCCGGGACUGCAACUGCUCUUGCCGUUGAUUCACUGUUAAGCAAAAGCCUUUGUGUGACCAACGUGGAGAAUUACGUUCCUCCGCGUGUUCCCCGGCAGCCGUCGGCCGUGUGUGACGUUGGUGUUUGUGCGGCCAGGACAGGCUGGUGGCAACGGAGCCGUGGUCUGGAGAACGUGUGACCAGCUGGGCCUGCACCCGUGGGCUGGUCGGAGGUUUUUUCUGCACAGUUCCUGCAACGCCGCUGGAAACCCAAGGCCCGAGCCCCCCUGGAGAGUUGCCCAAAGCCGUGGGUCAGGAUAAUCCCCCAUAGUCUUUGCUAAUAAAGUGUUGGAGCUGGA